AUGGCAUUGCCACAAAAGAUCCUGAUUAUCGGAGGUGGUGUCUUCGGACUAUCAACCGCCCUCUCCCUCUCAAAGCGCCACCCACAAAGCCAAGUAACCAUAGUCGAAUCAUCCCCCACAAUCCCCAACCCGCACGGCUCAUCCGUCGACACAUCUCGCAUCGUGCGCGCCGACUACGCAAACGCAGCAUACUCCCAGCUCGCGGCAGCAGCCAUUGAGCGCUGGCGCAACACAGACUGGGGCCGGGAAGGCCGGUAUACUCAAAAUGGCCUGUUGCUGGUCUACCCUCCGCAAAGUGUGAGUGCGGAAAAGUACGCGCGCAAGAGUUAUGCCAAUGUCCGGAAGAUUGAGGGCGAUAAUGUUCAGUUCUUGCCUAGCCAGAAGGAGGUGCUUAGUGUUGUUCCGGCUUAUGGGAAGGAGUUGGAUGUUGCGGGGGGAUAUGUGAAUUGGGGAUCUGGGUGGUCUGAUGCUGCUGCUGCUGUUGCAUAUGCGAAAUCGCUGCUGGAUGCUGAGGGGAAGGUUGGGUUCCGGACUGGGAAUGUGCAGAGGAUUCUGUAUGAGGUUGUUAAUGGGAAGUCGAAGGCGAGGGGGGUGAUGCUUGCGGAUGGAACGAGUAUUGAGGCUGAUCUGGUUGUUGUUGCUGGUGGUGCGUGGUCGAGCAAGUUGGUUGAUUUGCGGGGCCGUGCUGUUGCGACUGGUCAGGCUAUUGGGUAUAUGCGGAUUUCAGAUGAGGAGCAGCGCGAGUUGGAGAAUCUGCCUACGAUUUUGAACUUUGAGACUGGCAUUUUCAUUAUCCCCCCGCGACACAAUUUGCUGAAGAUUGCGCGGCAUGCGUUCGGGUACCGCAAUCCGACUGCGGUUCCGGUUCCUGGUGGAGAGCAGGGGAGGACUAUGGAGGUUAGUUUGCCUGAGAAUGGGGCGCCUGUGCCGGCGGAGGGAUUGGAUGCCUUCCGGGUUGCGUUGAAGCAGCUGCUGCCACGGUUUGUGGAUAGGGAGUUUGUUGAUACCAGGGUGUGUUGGUAUACUGAUACACCUAAGGGUGACUUUAUUGUUUCUUACCACCCCGAGCAUGAGAGUCUUUUCCUUGCUACCGGUGGCAGUGGGCAUGCAUUCAAGUUCUUCCCUGUGCUUGGAGACAAGGUUGUUGAUGCAAUGGAGGGAACGCUUGACCCUGAGCUGAGUGAGAUGUGGACUUGGAGCGCUUCCGCUGCAUCAACUGGAGAGGACUUUGACGGUGAUGGUAGUCGAUCUGGGGAGAGGAGAGCGAACUUGAAGGACGAAUUGGCCAAGACGACGAAGGCGACACGAAGCAGUGUGCUGUAA